AUGAAGCCACACUUAAGCUUGUUGCACGGCACAAUACCUGGACGGCACAGUUCUGUGCAACACCGUGCUCAGUGUUAUGUUGAAACUGUGCCCAGUUCUGGGCAAAUACUGUGCCCUGUUCAGUGCAUCGUUAAGAAGCUCUCCCCUGUUCUAGUUGAAGCUCUCGUCAAGUCCAACUUGCAGCUCUCGUCAAGUCCAACUUGCAGCUCUCGUCAAGUCCAACUUACAGCUCUCGUCAAGUCCACUUACAGCUCUCGUCAAGUCCAGCUUGCCGCUCUCGUCAAGUCCAACUUACAGCUCUCGUCAAGUCCAACUUGCAACUCUCGUCAAGUCCAACUUACAGCUCUCGUUAAGUCCAACUUCCAGCUCUCGUCAAGUCCAACUUCCAGCUCUCGUCAAGUCCAACUUGCAGCUCUCGUCAAGUCCAACUUGCAGCUCUCGUCAAGUCCAACUUGCAGCUUGAGGCUAGUCCGCCUCCAGUCUGAUGAGGUUCCCUUCGUUAAGUGUAACAUUAUUGUAGCUAUGGUGUUGUUAACUGUUGAUACCACUCCUUCUCCACCUCCUUCUCCACCUCCUCCUCCUCCUCGACCUACUCCUCCAGCUCCUCCUACUACUCUAGCUGUUCCUCCUCUUCCUCCUCCUUCUCUUACUCCAUCAGGCACCACUGACAUGCGACUUUUCCCCUUCCAGACAACGAAAUGUUGCUACAUGUACUAA